UUGCAUUUGGCUGUGAACGAUAUGGCUAACACGUUUCACGACGAGUUCAUGCAAAUACCGCCUAUUACAAGAGCUUACACUGCUUCCUGUGUGAUAACCACUUUGGCCGUUCAACUGGAAGUGGUGAGCCCUUUUCAGCUCUAUUUUAAUCCGAAGUUAAUCUUUCAGCAAUACCAGCUUUGGAGACUUGUCACUAACUUCCUGUUCUUUGGCACUAUUGGAUUCAACUUUCUCUUCAAUAUUAUAUUUACUUAUCGCUACUGUCGAAUGCUUGAGGAGGGAUCUUUUCGCAACAGGACAGCAGACUUCUUCUUUAUGUUCAUUUUUGGUGGAUUCUUCCUUACAGUUGUUGGAUUGUUUUACAACUUGGCAUUCUUGGGUCAGGCAUUUACCAUCAUGCUAGUUUACGUGUGGAGUCGGAGAAAUCCGUAUGUACGGAUGAGCUUCUUUGGAAUAUUCACGUUUCAAGCUCCGUACUUACCGUGGGUGUUGUUGGGAUUCUCACUGCUUUUGGGCAAUUCAAUUAUAGUGGAUUUGCUAGGCAUUGUGGUAGGUCAUAUAUAUUACUUUUUGGAAGAUGUCUUUCCACACAAACCCGGUGGUCUCAAGCUACUUAGAACACCAAGAUUCCUCACCUUGUUGUUCCAUCCGGAUCCAGAAGACGAGGCCUACCCCGUAGAACCUACAGAAAGACCUGGUGGGUUUGACUGGGGUGGUGGCCAAGAUGUAGGUGCACAAGAUGUAGAUGUUAAUCAAGCGAACCAGUAGUAGGCACUUGUACAAAGUCUGUAUUCUCUUGUAUAGAGAGAAGCAAUGGCUAUUAUUAGUAUGCAGUGCAUGUACUUGAGUGUUUUCUAGUGUCUGUUUCUAACUGCAGUGAGCUAAAAUCUUCUUAUAGGCCAAUGUACUAAACUGAGAUGUAGCUAACAGAACAACAAUGUACACCUCAA